CGGCAGCGCUGCCGAUUUGCCCGGAAUUCGCGCUCGCCAAGGCGCCACGCCGGGUCAGCGCCUAAGCAGAGCCCGGCAAAGUCUUCUAUUUUCCAAUGGCUUUCAGAAUUUUAGCGCUCGCGCUGGCUGCAAGGAGCGCCUGCGCAUUGAAACCGCCACGAGGGCUCAAAUUGAAGUUGCCGACGACUCCCAGAAGAGUUGCGACCCUCGAACCACCGCCUGCAGUCGACACUGAGCCGCGCAUCGACCUGCGCGAGGCCUCGCCGCUGACAGUUGACGCGGCGUGGUUGACGACGACGCGGCAACUAGGAACCACCGAUGCCACGCCGACGAUGCGCCAGCUCGACGAAAGCAACGAGACGCCAACCCACUGGCGCCGCGCCGCCCGCGUCCAGCGCUCAAUGAUGCGCUUCGCACCCUUAGCGCUCGUCGGCGCAUUGCUCACAAUCCCGAAGACGCUGGACGCCGGCGUAUCCACUCUAUGGUCCAAGCUUUAUGGGAGCUGGUGGGCGCACGCCCCCAUGUUCGAGGCCUGGACCGCUACCUUAGGUUUCGUCGGCGCCAUCGCGUUCUGGAGUUCCAUCCACGUCUUAUUUUUCAGAGACAGGAGGCGAGCCUCGGAGUUCCGCUUCGACAAGCAACCCCCGGUCGCGCCCUUUGAAUGGUUGGGCCAGCUCGGCGGGAAACGGCUCUGGGGCGCGUACUUACCCCUCGUGGCUUACGUCGGCUCUAUAAAAUUAUUCCACUGCGUCGUGACGAAGGCGCCUUUACCCAUAGCGCCGCCGACGGCAUUACGGGUGCUCCUCGAAGUUACUUGUGGCGUGUACUUGUAUGACGCGCUCUUCGCCCCCAUCCACGCGUCGAUGCACCGCCGGGGCUCGCCGGCCUGGUGGCGUAGACUGCACAGGACGCACCACGAAGCUAGGCCGACUCAGAGAAGAGGCAAGGCCCUCGUGCCUUUGGAAACAGUGCAGCAUUCGUACGCGGACGGCGCGUUACAAGUGGCCUGCAACGUCCUCGUGCAGCGGGCGCCGUCGAUCAUAUGGGUCGGCUCUGGCUUCGCGCUCGCACCGAAGCACCCGCUGUCGCGCGUGCUCCACAAUUUGGUCGUCACCUAUUUGUUGGCUGAGGCUCAUUCCGGCUACGACCUGCCCUGGAUGACGCACCGGGCCUGGCCGCGCGUCUUCGGGGGCGCGAAGGCCCACGACGCGCACCACGUCCAGGGCGACCGCCACUUCCACCAGUUCUUCCACUCGUCCCGGCCAUGGGCUCGGGCGCCGGCCUACUAACUCUCCUGUUUUAACUACUCACGAAGC